CAUUGGGAAAACAUGGCUUCACACACACGCAAGGCAUUUCUGUGCCUAGGUCGAAUAAAUGCUUCUGGUCUUGGUCUGCAGAGACCAGCAAGCAGAGUCUCAUACGCGACGGAUAAGCCGAUAAAUUCUUCUGCUGGAAAUAAAGGCUUUCCCGAUAGAGGCGGUCGAGGAUUCGUAAGAAGACCCAGGAGACCUGUAGGGGAGCCCAGGACAGAAAAGAUGCCGGUGGAUCAGGACUGGACUGCAGUUUAUCCAGCAGCAACCCCCUUCAGGCCGAACUCCGUCCCCCUGCCUCUGAGGAUGGGCUACCCUGUGAAGGGAGGCGUUCCUCCAGAGAAGAAGGGCAACUUGGAGCUGAUGAAGAUACCAAAUUUUCUGCAUUUGACACCGGCGGCCAUCAAGAAACACUGUGAAGCUCUAAAACCCUUCUGCACAGAGUGGCCCUCCGCCUUGGACACUGACGCCACAUGUGACGAGCACUUCCCCAUCAAAGUGGACGGCACGGACUACGUGUCUGCCGGCCCGUCGGUCCGAAACCCUUCAGCCCGAGUGGUUCAUCUCAAAGUAAAGCUGUCCAGUUUGAAUCUGGAUGACCACGCAAGCAAGAAAAUGCUGAAACUUGUCGGGAAUAGAUACUGUAAAGAUACCGAUAUAAUCACCAUCAAAGCUGACAGCUGCCCGUUGAGACAGCAGAAUCACGACUACGCCAUGUACCUGCUGACCGUCCUGUACCACGAGUCUUGGAAAACGGAGGCCUGGGAGGCCGAGAAGGCCGUGGCAGACAUGGAGGAGUACAGCUGGGAGGACAGCCCGUCCCAGAGGAACAUCUUGGACGCGCUGGUGCGCAUGAAAGCGGCCGGCGAAGGAGAAGGCGAGGAAGUGCGAGAGCAGCUGCUCGGCAGGAGAGAGGUGCAGGAGUAUAAGGACUCUGUCACGAGGUUGAAGAAUGAAGGGGAGAGCGAGAGCUCCAUGCUGCAGUACAAGGAGGCUGUCAAGAAAGUGCUCAAUCUGUAAUGCAGAUUCAUGUACAAAUGUAUUUAUACGAAGAGCAGUAGGGUCCAUUUAAAAUGAAAUAUUUGUGGCCUUGUGUAUCAUGUUGGACUCCAGCUACAUACCAGUUACAGAUUACUUAAGAUAAUUCCUGUUUUAUUAUACAUGAAGAUGUUACAACCUCAGGGGUUGUAUGAUGCUUAAUACAAAAAUAAAAGCCUAAUGUAAGCUGC